AUGGCUGAGAGAGAGUUCGACGUUCAGUCGAAGCCUGACUCUAAUUAUGUUUCUGAAUUGUCUGGUGAGAAAGGAAAACCUACUGUGAGCCCUACAAAUACUCCUGAAGCAAAAGAGGCUAUAAAGGAUAAUAUAGAGAAGAAAGUGAUUGAGAAAGUAGAGAAAUCAAAUUCAAUGGAAGCCAAGGUUGGUGAUGAUGAUAACAAAGAAGUGAAGAUGGCUGAAGGUGUUGAUAAAGAAAAAAGGGGAGAUAAAAAUAAGAAUGAAGACAAUAAUACGAUCAAAGAUGAUAAUGAUUUGGCUUUUGUCACUGGUUACAAAUCUGGUGAUUCUAAAUCUGACUCGGAUUCUAAAUCCGAUGAAGACUCAAAAUCCGACUCGGAUUCUAAGUCAGAUUCUAAAUCUGACUCGGCAUCCAAAUCUAGUUCAGACUCAAAGUCUAACUCGGAUUCUAAACCAAGUCCCAAUUCCAAAUCUACUCCUGGCUCAUCGACAAGCAAGAAAAAGAAGCCUGCAAGGGGAAAGGGAAGGAAGAAGAACCAAAAGAGAAAGAAGAAAAUGGAACUAAAGCUGACUUAA